AUGUCUAGUGACUUAUCCUCUGAGGAAGAUCAUUUCGAUAACGUCAAAAAGAUGUAUAAUCAAGCUUUGAACAAGGUUGUUGAAGGAGAUGAUGAAACUGAUGAUUCUGAUUAUGUUCCUGGUGAUGAAUUACAAAUCGAUGAAGAUAGUAUUGAUUCUUAUGAUUAUCAUCUCAGUUCCAAGAAGAGACCCUGGUCUGAUGUUAAUGAACCUGAGGAAAUUGAAGAGUCUAAAGAAGUUAAUUAUAAGGUUCUCCACAAGAAACAACGUACGGAAGGACAGUUGAAACGUACAUUAAUAGCAGGGACGGUUGGUGCAGCUACGGGUGCUGUUGCAACUUUUUUUGGGUUGGUUUUUGCUGGUUCUGAGUGA